UAACGCUCAGAUUCUUGCGGCUCAGAUGAGAUGUGUUAGAAAUAUUCCAAAUAUAAUCGGACAAACUUUGUUAAAACGAAACGUAAAACGAGAGGCUAAUCGAUUACGCAUGUAUAACAGACAUAUAAUUAGUCUGGCAACGGAUUAUAUCUGGAAUAAUUCAACUGCCUUUCAAAGGGAUCAAUUCACAACUUUGGCAGAAUCUGUGAAUAAUAUAAAUCGAAAUCAUGCUUUGCGAUUGAGCCGAGAGGACUUUAUUUUUAGAAUGACUCAGAUUACUACGCCACAACCAACACAUAGUAUUCUCUUUAACG